AUGAUGUCCAAAGGGACGUGGAGCUGCAUGCCCCCAUGCAGCAUGCGGACAGACUGGUCCGACAGCAACAGGCAAGAGCCAAAACUCAGCGAGGCCGAUGUCCAGGGACCGAGCACUUCGGCCUACGAACUGCUGUCCGAGCUGGCCCCACGGUGGAGUGCUGGUCCAGAGGCGGCAGGGCACCUGGACGCCGAAGCGAUCGAAACUGCAUUGGACGUGGCGAAGCUGGACAAGGAGGAUCUGCGCGAGCUGGGCCUCACCAUGGCGGAGCGAUCACGUGUGUUGCAGUGGUCCGCGUCUCUCUCCUCGCUUCCGCAGACAUGCCAGGUCCCUGCCGUGCCAGCGCCACCCCCUGUCUUAGACCGGCACACCUCAGACCUGCCUCUGACCUUGUACAACUUAGACCGAUCCGUCAAGAAGUCGUACUCUGAGUUCUCGCCUUCGCCAAUUGCAAGGUCCAUCGACACGCAGAAGUCACCAUGGGUGGAGAUCGAGGCAUGCAUGCUUGAUGACCUUCAUCCACAGAAGGCCUUCAGUGAACGAAGCCACAACACUUCAGGCUGUUAA